AUGCCUCCGUCGACUGUCUUCUCCUACUGGCGACGCGACCGUCGCUCAACCGCGCCACCCGCAUCCUUGCCCGCACCAUCUCCAGCCUCGAAAGGUUCAAAUGACAGCCCACUCGGCCCUCCUCAGCUCCCCGAGAUCCCUGAUACCUCUACCAUUACGACCCCGUUGAAUGGUUCUCAGUCAGACGAUGCCCCGCCUUGGGUUGAUUCCCCGCUAGGGCAUGAUGCCUCGAAGCUCAACUUCAACACGUCCGUCGCGCAGCUGUCUUCCUCUGCGAGCCUGGCCGUUCCGUCGCCUUCCCCAGAGAAAGAAAAUCGCCCACACUCGAGUUCUCACGAGAGUGUGCCUGAGCCAGGCCUUGCGUCGCAACCUCACAGCUCCCAGCCGUCUGACAGCAUGCUGAGACCAGAGCACGGAGAUAUCGAGUUGAACUCGAAGCCGAAUUCGCCUUUUCGCCUAUCUUUCGGGGGGAGACCACGCAAUUUACAAACGCCAACUAGUGAGGGACAGAAACGUUCUCCUACUGCGGGUUCAGGGAGCAAUUACUUUGGAUUGAAAAUGUCACCAGGGGAACCACACCCCGAGAAACCGAUGCUGCCACACAAGGAAUCCAGGAUAGAGGGUGCGAUUACUCGGUGGGCAGGAGAUCGUGAAGCACCGGGGGAUCAUACCCAUCACAAGCCGGGGAAGGCAAUGCUUCACCUUUUGAACCCGAUGUCGCUGCUUGCUCGGCGCCGAUCGUCUCAAAUUGGUAGUUCGCGUGUGGACAAUUCGAAGAUGAGUGCGCAGAGCUCGAUCCCUGCAAUCCCUGAUGACUAUGAUCCUCGAAUUCGCGGAAACAUCGUGCAUGACUUCUCUGCGCCCAGACCGCGCCGCACUGCAUCUGGCACUCCAGGUAGUGGCUCUACCAUGACUGAAGGCAACAGUAAUAUGCAAAAUGCUUCACCGUCGCAGGCUGGUCUAAGCCCUGCCACCCGGUGGAAUGACCAGACGAGAAGACACAGUGAUCACUCACCCGUGUUUAAAGAGCAUUUUGAGGACGAUCAGAAUGUACUCCAACCCGAGAACAAAGGCUAUCUCCAAUCGCCAUUAUUAACGAACCCAACACAACAUGGAUACGAACAGGCAAUUCCAGUCUUUGCUAGAAAGCUACCUUCUCAUUUGCCCGAGAAGCAAAGUCCUGAGCCUGCGAAACUGAAAGCGUCCCCACCAGUAGAGCUUCCUGCAGAGCUCCCCGCAGAGCUCACUGCUGUGUCAUCGAAGGCAACUACACCCGAAGCGCAACGAAACCAACCAGACCCAGACAUCAUUCCAAAUGUGCCACAUCCCCCCUCAAGCGUUCCAAAGCAUCUGAAGAGCAAUGCGUCGCGAUUCAGUUUCGACAUGGGUGGCGUAGAGUCAUCCGUCCAGGAGAAACUCCUCGAGGAGAGACACAAGGCGAAAGAGGCUACACGCAAAAUGGAAGACGGAUAUUUUGAUGAUUUCGACGAUGAAUUUGAUCAUGACCUUAUGGACGACUUGGAUGGCUUGGAAGAGAAGAUCCCGGGCGUCAAUGCUGAUGCUGACGAGGACGAUUUCUCCACGCCCUAUCUUAACGCGAAAUCUUGGGCUGCUCCAAAGCUUUCGCCUGUGGUUGCGAGCCCCAUUACGCCUGCGCCACCUGGGAUCCAAGCCGAUGCGACUCCAAAGAAUUAUCUUGACCCUGAAGCUGAUUCUCCAACUUCAUCUUACUCAGUUGACGACAAUGAAUCUCAAAAAGAGCCCGCUCAAACGGACCAGUCGGUCCAGAUCCAACAGACAUUCUCUGAUCACACUGAAACCUUGGGAGCUGCGCCACACGGUCCAGAUACCCAACAAACACAGACCAUUAAUGUUGAGGACGAUAUGUACUUCGACGACGGCGAAUUCGGCGACCUUAGCCUCAACGACCAGGAUAGAGGAUUUGACGAGUCUGUCUUUGACGAUGUGACAAGCCACCUUUAUGAGCGGAAGCCAGUUAUGCCACAAGAUGCUCAAAAUCCAAAGACUGAUGGGUCUGAUGAUGAUUCUUCACAGCAAGACAUUGACCUGGAAGGAAAUGCUACUCACGGCCUAAAGCACAUGCCCAGCGUGGCUAGUACUUACCAGACGACGUCUGUCAAGCGCGGUCCACUCGGUGAGCCAAUUCCCAACCUGGGACCUACUCGGGCUCCUGGUGGAGUGCUCACGGAGCAAAAUCUGGAUAUAUUACACAACGCUUUGGCUUUUGCAGCCAAUGAAGCAGCGUGCAAGAGCCGCGUUGAGCGCAAUUUCAGUACAAGUGAUCGGUCUCUAGGUAAGGAGAGUGUCCAAACCGCCCAGACGGUUGAUUCUCAACCUGGUCUGGUAUCGGAUGAUAGCCACCUUAGCCAGGGGCCUGAUUUUAUAACCUUUGAAGAAUCCUACGAGGAUCAGAUCUUAGAUGAUGAUCCGUACUGGGAUGACGCGAUUGUUGCCGCAGCCAAUGCGGAAGCUUUGGAAAACGACGACGAGGGCUUCUACGGCCAAGAGUUUGGGUUCUAUGCGGAGGCACAUGGUACCGCCAGUUCCGAACUGACGAACGGAGGCUAUUUUGGCCCUCGAGGCGUCGAGAGCAUCACUCGCAGCCACAGCAGCCGUGGCAAAUUUCAAGAACCCAGCCUGACCCCAAUCACUGAACGCAGUGAAUGGAGUACGCGCAACUCUGUCAUUUCGCUCAAGGCAAAUGGUGCCACUCAUUCGAACCCUCCCCAGGCAAGCCCCGGUCUAGCCCAGCUGGUGGAUAUGGGUAACCUCGAUGACGAGAUGUCGCUGAGCGCCCUCAUGAAGCUACGCCGGGGUGCGUGGGGCGGAAGCAAUGGAAGUUUGCGGAGUAGCGCGGCCAGUCCGCCAGCUCAUACUCUGCCGUCCUCCAACCGCGCCAGCUUCACAGGGGCGUCGGAAGUAAGUCCUUCGGAUGCGCGGCCUUCAACCGACGACGAGCUGGCAGGAACUGUCUUUCACCAGGAAGACAUCAACCACACCUGUACGGCCUCACCGCUUAAAGAUCUUGCCGAUCUCCCGAGCCGCGGAACAGACGGGCCGAGCAACACUGAAAGCGAUGUUGACAUGCCGGCCUUGAUAUCUCAGCAUCUCAAUGUUCUAUAG